AUGACCCAGACCACUAUCCCACACCCCUCGGACGAGAAGCCCCCAUCCUUUGUUUCCGUCAAGCCCUCUGAGUGGGAUACAACUGAAAAGAGGGUAUCCAAAGUCCCCUGUACUGUCCACAGCUCCUCCCAAACUCCGAACCUUGACCAUGAAUUCAAGCAGCCAUACACCCAGGACAUAAUUCGCAUGUUGACUGCUGCUCUCCAUGACCUUGCAGAUGAGACAAAGUGCAUAAAAUGCACGGUUGAGAAGUCCUCUGCUCUUCUAACCAGCCAUUUAUGCGACAUCCAAGCCGCGAAGAAGACUGGGCAGUGGUCAAAGGAGGAGAGGAAGGCACUAAAGGCUGAAGUGAAGAGCUCCUUCAAACCUGUGAAGAAAACUGUAAAGGCCUUGUGGAAAGAGGGGAAGCAGCAGAAGUAG